AUGGCCAGACUCACCGAGGGCGAGGCGAGGAGGCAGCCGCCGCCGCUCCCGCCAGCGCCGCAGCCGCCGCGCCCGCCGCGCCGAGCCUCCCCCAUGAGCAGCAGCGGCGGCGCGGAGCCCCCCGCGCAGCCCGACAGCAUGAAGGACCUGGAUGCCAUCAAGCUCUUCGUGGGGCAGAUCCCGCGCAACCUGGAGGAGAAGGACCUCAAGCCGCUCUUCGAGCAGUUCGGCAAGAUCUACGAGCUCACCGUGCUCAAGGACCGCUACACCGGCAUGCACAAGGGUUGUGCAUUCCUCACAUACUGUGCCAGAGACUCUGCCAUCAAAGCCCAGACAGCACUGCACGAGCAGAAGACUUUGCCAGGGAUGGCGCGUCCGAUCCAAGUGAAACCCGCAGACAGCGAGAGCCGUGGAGGGGACAGGAAGCUCUUUGUGGGCAUGUUAAAUAAGCAGCAGUCUGAGGACGACGUGCUCCGGCUCUUUGAACCCUUUGGGGUCAUUGAUGAAUGUACAGUGCUCCGUGGACCUGAUGGUAACAGCAAAGGCUGUGCUUUUGUAAAGUUCUCAUCUCACACAGAGGCUCAGGCAGCCAUCCACGCCCUCCACGGCAGCCAGACCAUGCCCGGUGCCUCCUCCAGUCUAGUGGUGAAGUUUGCUGACACAGAUAAGGAGAGGACCCUCCGCCGUAUGCAGCAAAUGGUGGGGCAGCUGGGGAUACUCACUCCAUCUCUCACCUUCCCGUUCAGCCCAUACAGCGCCUAUGCGCAGGCUCUGAUGCAGCAGCAGACGACGGUUCUGUCCACGUCCCACGGCAGCUACCUGAGCCCCAGCGUCGCCUUCUCCCCCUGCCACAUCCAGCAGAUCGGUGCCGUCAGCCUCAACGGGCUCCCAGCCGCCCCCAUGGCACCGGCGUCAGGGCUCCACUCCCCACCUCUGCUGGGAACAGCUGCCAUGCCGGGCCUGGUGACCCCCGUUUCCAAUGGAUUCACUGGGGUGGUGCCAUUCCCAAAUGGGCAUCCAGCCUUGGAGACAGUUUACACCAACGGCCUUGUGCCAUACUCAGCCCAGAGCCCUUCGGUAGCAGAGACUCUACACCCAGCCUUCACAGGAGUGCAGCAGUAUGCAGCCGUGUAUCCAACCACCACCAUCACCCCCAUUGCUCAGAGCAUCCCUCAGCCACCUCCCAUCCUGCAGCAGCAGCAGCGAGAAGGUCCUGAAGGCUGCAAUCUCUUCAUCUACCAUCUCCCUCAGGAGUUUGGGGACAAUGAGUUGAUGCAGAUGUUCCUGCCCUUUGGCAACAUCAUUUCCUCCAAGGUGUUCAUGGAUCGUGCCACCAACCAGAGCAAGUGUUUUGGUUUUGUAAGCUUUGACAACCCAUCCAGUGCACAGACUGCUAUCCAGGCCAUGAAUGGCUUCCAGAUUGGCAUGAAACGUUUGAAGGUCCAGUUAAAACGACCCAAGGAUGGAACCCAUCCCUACUGAGAGCAGUGAGAGAGCAGGAGGCACUUCUGCAGCACAGGUGAAAGGAAAGUCCAGAGGAAGAAUUUCUGCUUCAGGUUGAUUUACAGAGAGGCCAGUAAAUGUAUCAACUCUUUUGACACCACCCCUUUCCCUCCUCUGCUCCCCACCUCCCCACCCCAUCCUCCUCCUGUCCUCCCCAAAACAUGCAAUUCAAGAGAAAGGCUCAGGAUCUGCCCAGCAGGAAGAUUCUUGCCAGGAUGGACUUGCAUAUUUGCUGCUAAUGUGGUGCAUAGCAAAGGGACCAGAAAACCAGCAGCCCCAGGGGACCCCAAGCUCUUCCUCUUGGGGUGUGCCUGGAGUACAUGGACCAAGAAAACCCACUGGUGUGUCUCUAGGUUACUGCAGUGAUAUAUGGAUACUUAGCUCCCCUCCUCCCUCCCUCCUGCCUCGACCCCUGGCCCUUUCAUAGAUAAAUAUAAAUAUAUAUAUAUAUAUACAGUCUCUAUUUUUUUUUAAAGUGGCUCACAGGACCAAACUUUCCCAUUCAGAGACUGACUCCUUGCCAGAGGGGCUGGAGAGGAAGGCUUUUACCUUUGCAACAGUGUCUUCUCAGAUAGGCCUGAACGUUUUGAGAGGAUGUUUGGAUAGAGAGAGAGAGAGAAAAAGAGAGAGAGAGAGAGAGCACAUCUCUCUGCUCAGCAUUAGCAAGGAGAAGGAGAACUACAUACCUCCAGGAUUAGGGCCCAGCCGGCUGCGCAGCUCCAGUCACUCAUCCACUGACCUUAGCACCAGCCUGCUGAAGCAUCUCAAGAGCUCUCAGUCUUAUCUUUCCAAGGGCUUCUGCAGAAAAAAAAACCAACUCCCAGAACUUGGUGCCAAAGCCUGUCCUGAGCUACUCCUCCAUUAGGCUGAAAGCACAGAAGAGUCCCUUUAGGACAGGAACCGUUACUGCCUCCCCGCCCCGCGGCACAGCCCGCUGCCGC